UGGGACUGCUGAAGAUAUCUGCGAGGAGGAGGAGCUGUCAAAGUUUGAGUUACCCGGAGAAGGAAAAGUCUUUUACUCCACGAGAAAGGGGGGGGGAAAGGCGACGUUGUUAAGUUUUAGGAAAGCGGAAUAUCGCGCCUUGUUGGCAUGGAAUGACACCCUCUCACCGGGAGCUUCAAAUAACACACACGAUGGCAGCCCGUUUUCUCAACUGGAUCGGUCUCACCUCUCUGCUGUGGUUGGGCUUCGCUGGUUUGGCGGAAAAUAAAGUAUGCCAAGGUGUCACCAACCGUUUAAACCUCCUGGGAACUAAAGAGGACCACUAUCGAAACAUGGUGAAGACCUACAGCAACUGCACCGUAGUCUUGGAGAACCUGGAGAUCACCUACAUGGAGGAUCACUGUGACCUGUCCUUCCUCAGGUCUAUCAGAGAAGUUGGCGGCUAUGUCCUGAUCGCCCUCAAUACAGCAUCCAGGAUUCCUCUGGAGAACCUACGCAUCAUUCGAGGUCAUUCUCUAUAUGAGGGAAAGUAUGCCCUUUCUGUGAUUUCGAAUUAUAACAAAUCUACAUAUCAGGGCACCAAUGAGCUUCUUCUGACCAGCCUGACAGAAAUUCUUAAAGGAGGUAUAAAGUUUGGGAACAACCAGCUAUGCAAUGUGGAAACAAUCCAGUGGUAUGACAUUGUCAGUGCUGACAAUACCAGCAUGGAUCUCCCAACUGCUAGCAAAAACCCACAAUGUAGAAAAUGUGACUCGAGCUGCUUCAAUGGCUCAUGCUGGGCACCUGGUCCUCAAAACUGUCAGACUUUAACAAAGCUGAACUGCGCCCAGCAGUGCUCUAAGAGGUGCAAAGGACCUUCACCAAUUGACUGUUGCAAUGAGCAUUGUGCUGCGGGGUGCACAGGACCCAGAGCCGAAGACUGUCUGGCCUGUCGGGACUUCCAGGAUAAUGGCGUGUGUAAGGACUCUUGCCCAGGCCUUCUGCGUUACGACCCCAACCUGCACCAGCUGGUUCCUAACCCACAUGGAAAGUACAGCUUUGGAGCCACCUGUGUCAAAACCUGCCCACGUAAUUAUGUUGUGUCUGAUCAUGGAGCAUGUGUGCGGACGUGCAGCGGUAACACAUAUGAAGUGGAGGAAGGAGGAGUCAGGAAGUGCGCCAAGUGUGAUGGACUGUGUCCAAAAGUGUGUAAUGGACUCGGAACUGGAGACUUGGCUCACACUCUGUCUAUCAAUGCCACCAACAUUGGCUCCUUUAAAAACUGUACCAAAAUCAAUGGUAACAUUGGCAUCUUCCACACAUCAAUUCAUGGGGAUAAAUAUACCAAAACACCAAAGAUGGAUCCUGCCCAGCUUGAUGUGUUUAAGACAGUUAAAGAAAUUACUGGCUACCUGUGGAUUCAAACAUGGCCAGAGAGCAGGAGCUCACUGAGUCCUUUUGAGAAUCUGGAAGUCAUUCGGGGGAGAACUAAACGUGGAAGCCGCAGUAUGGUUGUGUCUGGGCUCAGCAUCACGUACCUGGGCCUGCGGUCCCUCAAAGAAAUCAGCGAUGGAGAUGUGUUUGUCUCUAGGAACACGGACCUGUGUUACACCAAUGCAAACCACUGGCAGAAGCUUUUCAAAUCACCAAGCCAAAGUGCUACUAUAGAGGAAAAUGCCAGCGCUGCCACAUGUGCUCAGAGGAACGACACUUGCGACAGGAAGUGCACCACAGACGGCUGCUGGGGUCCGGGCCCCGACAUGUGCUUUUCUUGUCGUGACUACAGCCGCGAUGGGAGCUGCGUUGAUUCCUGCAACAUCCUGGAGGGAGAGCUGCGGGAGGCAGUUGUGAAUAAAAUCUGCGUGGAGUGUCACCCUGAGUGUCAGCGCAUGAAUGGGACCGCAACCUGCAGUGCGCCUGGGUCUGCUAACUGCACUAAAUGUGCCAACUUCAAAGAUGGACUGUUCUGCGUGUCCCGCUGUCCCCAAGGCGUGCCAGGGGAGGACGACACGCUAGUGUGGAAAUACGCAGAUGAGCAGAAAGUGUGCCAGCUAUGCCACAAAAACUGCACUCAGGGGUGCGUUGGACCUGGUCUUGAAGGCUGCCAUAUUAAAGGUCCCCUUGGUCUUUCUAUGGUUGCGGCUGGUGUCGUUGGCGGGCUGCUGGCUGCUCUUAUCGCAGGCCUGUCUGUUUUUGUGUUUCUUCGCCGACGCCACAUCAAGAGGAAGAGGACCAUGCGUAGACUGCUCCAAGAAAGAGAGCUGGUUGAACCUCUGACUCCAAGUGGAGAGGCACCAAACCAGGCUCUGCUGCGGAUCCUGAAGGAACCUGAAUUUAAGAAAAUCAAGGUGCUGGGAUCAGGAGCUUUUGGUACCGUUUACAAGGGUCUGUGGGUUCCAGAGGGAGAGGAUGUGAAGAUCCCAGUCGCCAUCAAGGUUUUGAGAGAGGCCACAUCUCCGAAAGCAAACAAAGAGAUCUUGGAUGAAGCUUAUGUGAUGGCCAGUGUGGAUCACCCCCAUGUGUGCCGUCUGCUGGGCAUCUGCCUCACUUCUACAGUGCAGCUCAUAACGCAGCUCAUGCCUUACGGCUGCCUGCUGGACUAUGUCAAAGAGAACAAGGACAAUAUCGGCUCCCAGCACCUGCUCAACUGGUGUGUGCAGAUAGCCAAGGGAAUGAACUACCUGGAGGAGCGCCACUUAGUGCAUCGUGACUUGGCAGCCAGAAACGUCCUGGUGAAGACUCCUCAACAUGUCAAGAUCACUGACUUUGGUUUGGCCAAGCUCCUAAAUGCAGAUGAGAAAGAGUACCAUGCAGAUGGAGGAAAGGUCCCAAUAAAGUGGAUGGCUCUUGAAUCUAUCCUGAACAGAACUUAUACGCACCAGAGUGAUGUAUGGAGUUAUGGUGUAACAGUUUGGGAGCUGAUGACAUUUGGGACCAAACCAUACGAUGGGAUUCCAGCCAGUGAAAUAGCUGGGAUCCUGGAGAAAGGAGAACGCCUGCCUCAGCCACCAAUCUGUACCAUUGACGUCUACAUGAUCAUGGUGAAAUGUUGGAUGAUUGAUGCGGACAGCCGGCCUCGUUUCCGAGAACUAAUAGCUGAGUUUACAAAGAUGGCUCGGGAUCCAUCUCGUUAUCUUGUCAUCCAGGGAGAUGACCGCAUGCACCUACCGAGUCCUGCAGAUACUAAAUUCUACCGCAGCCUGAUCAGCGGGGAGGACAUGGAGGAUGCUGUGGAUGCAGAUGAAUAUCUCUUGCCACAGCAUGGUUUCUUCAGCAGCCCGAGAACUUCCCACACCCCGCUGCUCCACUCAACAAGCCUCAACAGCAGCAUCGGGACAUGCCACAGCAGAACUGGCUUACUGAAUGGAGUCUUGAGUAGAGAUGGAAGCACGGUCCUGCGAUAUAUUCCUGACCCCACAGACAAAUUUCUAGAUGAGGCCUUCCAGCCCGCUCCAGACUACAUGAACCAGAACCCCGUCUCAGAUGUGGUGAAUCCAAUCUAUCAGCAUCCUGGUCCACCUCGCAUUCUUCUUCCCACCAUCUCUUCAGACCAUACAGAGACAGAGUACCUGAACUACUUUAAGAACGGGGCCAACAGACCCGAAUAUCUCAAUGAGGUCCUGUCCCCCGCCGUCCUCCCGCUCACCUCAAAUGGCACGGUCUACAGCAUUCAGAAAUACCAACCUCAGAACAGCAUAGACAACCCUGACUAUCAACAGGAUUUCACUCCCACGUUCAAGACCCACACCAACGGACACAUACCGGCAGCGGAGAACGCAGAGUACCUGGGCCCACACUGACAUAGUGGAAUAUGACAAGAAAUAAAGAGAUUAUAUUCUGUUCCACUCAAAAAGGUGUUAUCUUCAAUAUCUUGGCUGAAUAGCUAAGUGGUACCAUCCUGGUCUGUCCUGGCUUAUGAAGUCAGUGCAGCAUUGUUUCCAUGGGUUCAAGUUAAACCAGUCUCAUUCCAGAGAGAAUUUUUUUUUUUCACACCACCACCGAACUACCAAUGAGAACGAUGAAAGUUGUCUCGCGUGACUCAGCUGACCUUAACAGACCAGAUAGACUCCACCUUUAUGAUGUAACUCCUGACAGGAAGGGAAAAUCUCUUCUGAAAAUGUGAGAAUUAGAAAUAUGUAGAUACUAUGCACACAAGAUUUUAUGUGAUCCAAAUGUGUUGGUGGAGGAAUGCUAUCGAAAGCGUGUAAAGACCUCCAAUUGUUGUUUUUGUUUUUUUAAGGAGGCCAAAGCUUACUUGCAUAAAACGGAAACGGGCAGCUCAACCCAAAACACAAGCUGAGGUACAUGUGUUGUAGACUCGCUGGUUAGAGGCCAUUUCUCUGUGGGGAAUUCAAGAACAUUAGAGGUAGUUUUUUUUCUUCUUCUUUUUUUUUUUUUAAAGAGAUUCCUCAGAGGCCCUUUGGCCCUCCUCCUGAAGGAUGAGUCAAAUACCUUCCAUGUAGAGAACGUAGAGUCCCUACGAAGGGGAAUUCUGGUAAAUUGUCAUUUAAAUGUGUGGUCUUUAUCUUCUAAAUUAAUUGUGUAUGUAUUACAAACAGAAUGUGUUGUGUCACCUAGCAUAGAGCAAGAGAGCUGAGCUUCUUGUUUUCCCUGUCAUAACACCGUAACUAUGUGGAGAAUGUGAUGGUAAAUAUAGAAAAUGGUCCCAUUCACCCUGCUGUGUUUUGUGGCUCAGAAUCGGCAGCAUUUUUGUAACAUGAGGCAUAUUUGUGUUGACCCACAGAGCAAGAUAAACAGAGGUUUUUAUCAGUGUGUCACACUAAAGUCUGAAUGCAAAGGAAGCCCUUUGCAGCCCUGUGACUGAUUACUUUUCGACAACAGCUUGUUUUCUGCUCAGCGCAUUGACUUGACAAGCAAAAAUAUUAUCAGGGUAGACAAAAAUCAGCAGCUCCAUUUGUGAUUUAGGUAUACAGUAAUUAUUUUUCUUGUUUGUACCAUGUUUAAAAUGCUGGUUGACCAGCCUUAGGCCAUGUGAGUUGUUUGAGUUGUAGCAGUAGUUGCACUUCCCUGGGAUGUAUUUUAGAGAUUAUUUCAAUAGCACUAUGUCAGAAAUGAAGAAUGUUUCUGAUGCCCGUGGUCUGUUUUUUAUAUAUAUAUAUAUAUAUA